GAACACACAACCGAACCAACCGUUAAUUCACAAAAGCCGUCACAUCACUCGCAAACAAAACGGCGUACGCAGUCCGCUUUUAGAGAGAGAAGACUGUAAACUGAGAAGAGCUAGAGACAGAUAAUAAAAGUUCUUGUUUAAUGGGUUUGUUUCUUUAGAGACGGAGACAGAGAUAGAGAGCGAGAGAGAGAGAGUUUUUUUUUUUUUUUUCAUUUUCUUGUGUGAUCAAGAAUCCCAAAUGGGAAUCAUGGAUGAUAAUGUCAUAAAUGGUAAAGAUUACACUUUGCUUAAAGAUUUUCGAAUGGUGAUUGAAGUAAAAGGGGGGAAUUUCUCUUUCUCCUUCUGGGUUUACCUCAUUGACUCCGCCAAUGCAUAUCCUGCUACAGUCAUUAAUCAGAUUUACUCAGAUAUCACCAGCAGUGCUCCUUUUAUUUCUAUAAAUGAAAAGAAGUUAGUGACACUUUUACCAUUGUCCCUACUACACAAGGAAGCUUCUGAUCCGAGUAAUUCUACUUCUUUGACUGAAGCUUUACACGCAUCAAUGGAGAAUGAGUUUCCUCUGGAAAAUUGGAUUCAUGUUGGAUGUGGGGUUUUCACUGAAGUAUUGCGGCUUCACAUUAAUGGGGAAAUUGCAGGGGAAUGGUCUCUCCCUUCUUCAUUCAACAAAGACUUCAUUUCAAAUGGCUUGGAGAAGAUAACAUUAGUUGGUGCUAGUGGAGAUGAUGAUUUGCAGGGUUAUGUCUACAAUGCAGAAGUCUUACCUAUAAGUUUGUCUAUUAAGGACCACUAUUUUAAGGAUCCGCCUUUACAAUUAUCCAUUGAUGACUCAUCUACCUCUGAAAUUGAAGAAGGAAUUGAUGGGAUUUGGAGUAUUGUUGGUGGCAAGGCUUCUUGUCGCAGGAUUUUUUCUUUAGAUGUUGUUUUAUCAAAUGCAGUUAGCGUGACUAUAGACAAGGAAGUGGAGGUUGUUACUUCACUUUUAUAUGCUGACAAUGGCUUACCUGUUGAGAAGACAUCUGAUGACGAAGCUCCCCUGUUGAUAAGCUACGAUGGGAUUGAAUUUGCUGCUUCUGAUCAACAGAGUAAACUUUUGCAUGGCCGUGCCUCCUUUAAGCUCAAAAUAUCUCAGCUCUCUUCCAAGUGUGAUAAUAGGCUAUUCCGCAUUAAAUUUGAAAUGCCUGGAUUUGGGGGGUAUCAUUUCCUUCAGGCAUUUUCUCAUCCAAUUCGUUGCAUAUCUCGGAGUCGUCGAACAUCCUUGCUUACUUGGAAAAGACCAACCUCUGCCAGUUAUCCUCUCAAUGGAUCAGCAGAAUUUCAGCACAAUUCUGUCCAUGAAAUAAAACCUAGUCCAUCAUCAAAGCGGGUCAAAUUGGGGCAGGAAAAUACAUCUGCAGUGGAGCGACAAGACGACGAAUGCAACUUGCAUGCUUUCACUGCUAAUCAGGUUGAGAAUGCACUAAGGUCAAAGUUGGAGGGAAGUUCAGAAAAACUUGAAGUAGACAACUCACCAUCUGAUUCAGAGAGUACUGAGGAAAGAGAUUCAGAUUUCAAGGUCAUGUCAAGCAGUGGUUAUUCAAUUUCGGACUUGACUAUCUUUAAAUACUGCCUGGGAGGCUUGACUGAUAGAGCUCUUCUGUUGAAAGAGGUUGCAAUCUCUGCCUCUGAAGAAGAUCUUUUGAGAUUUGCACAUGAGGUUUCCCUAUACUCAGGAUGUUCCCACCACAAGCGUCAAAUAACGAUUGCAAAGAGAUUGAUAAUGGAAGGAACCAGAGUUUGGAAUUCAAUUGCACAAAACAACCAUGCUGUUCAUUGGGAAAAUGUAGUUUUUGAGAUUGAAGAGCAAUUCAUGAAGAUUGCUUGCUGCAGUAGCAGAUCACUCACGGAGCAGGACUUUGAGCUUUUGAGAAGAAUUGCUGGAUGCCGGGACUACAUUGCCCAAGAAAACUUUGAAAAGAUGUGGUGUUGGUUGUACCCUGUUGCUUUUGCACUUUCCAGAGAUUGGAUAAACACAAUGUGGAAAUCUACAUUUCCCAAAUGGAUCGAAGGAUUUAUUACAGAGGAAGAAGCAGAAUUAUCACUUGAAGGCCCUAGAGGCCUUCAAGAGCCUGGAACUUUUGUAUUGCGGUUUCCAACUUCAAGGAGCUGGCCCCACCCUGAUGCAGGUAGCUUAAUUGUGACUUAUGUUGGCAGUGAUUAUGCUGUUCAUCACAGGCUGCUUUGCCUUGAUUUUAUCUACAGUUGUGAGGAAAGCCAGACAAACGUGAAACCGCUACAAGAUAUGUUGUUGGAGGAGCCUGAGCUCUCUCGAUUGGGAAGGACUAUGAGAAGUCAGUAGCUUGGAUGAGAUGUGGCAAAAUAUCAUUUUCUGAUUAUGGUUUAUGACGCUGUGGAGUCGUCAUUUGGUAGAUUUCUAACACACCCCUGAACUCAGUCGUGUGUUCGGCAAUCUCCUCCCCCCACUCCUUUUUGUCUCCAUUGGUUUUCUGGUCAUCGGAGAAAGCGAUAGUUAUAGUUGCGUUUCGGCGUUUCUUUAUGAUGUAUAUAUUUAAUUUUACUAUUGCACCAAUUUGUUCAGUAACCAGUAGAAACAACAACGUUUGUAGUUUUAAGCUCCAGAAGAAAAUAACUUAGAAAAUAUAUGAAUUUUAUUUUUUUUUAGAAAAAUAAUUUAUUUAUUAUAGAAUAUAGUGAAA